AUGUGGUGUCAGGAAUGGUACAGCCUCCGCCAUUCCACCAAAAAACACGACCGAGGUGCUCAAACUCCCAUCAGCUUUGGCACAGUGGUCCGAGCCCUCCGAUUGGCCGCUUCCCAGUGGUUAUCACUGGACUCCCUCAACACUCCGCAAAAUGCAUACAUGUCACAAGACAACAAAGUUCUAUAUCAAGAUUGUCGACCGACGGAUGGUUUGUCAUUCCACUUGUUUGCAAAGGGAAUGGUAGCACGAAUGGGGGAUUACUCCUGGCCAUCUGUGGCCCUUUUGGAUCGCCACAUUCGAGCUCUGGAUCACUUCUUGGACCGCCAAUUCUAUGAAGCCACUUCUGACGUCCAACGCCGAGACAUUGCUCUAGCGGGGCUAGCUAACCUGGUCCUUUGGCUGGGUUGGCUUCGCUCAGCUGAAUGCUUUGGCCUCAAUUGGGAAGACUGCUCCAUUCUGGAGCCUGAAGAUUAUGGGCAAGCGGACCUCCCAA